UUUGGCCGCGUUGUGCUGCAGGUGCGGAAAAACAACUCGCUGAAGGAUUUUGUGGCAGUGGCCGGGCCCCUGGGGGUGACGCAUUUCUUGGUCUUCAGUAAAUCGACCUCCAGCAUCAAUUUUAAGCUUUUCCGGCUGCCCGGUGGCCCGACGCUGACAUUCAAGGUGAUGCAGUACUCGCUGAUCAAGGACGUGGUCUCAUCCCUCAAGCGGCACCGCAUGCACGAGCAGCAGUUCACCCACCACCCACUGCUGGUCCUCAGCAAUUUCGGUCUCCAGCAGAUCCACAUCAAGCUGAUGGCCAGUAUGUUCCAGAACAUGUUUCCCUCCAUCAACGUCCACAGGGUCAACCUCAACAGCAUCAAGAGGUGCUUGCUCAUCACCUACAACACAGAGACGCAGCUCCUCGAUUUCAGGCAUUACAGUGUGAAGGUUGUGCCUGUGGGUGUGAGCAAAGGCCUGAAGCGGCUGCUGCAGGAGAAGUUCCCCAACAUGAGCCGCCUGGAAGACAUCAGUGAGCUGCUGGUGAAGGACAUAAACCUCUCGGAGAGCGAGGCUGAGCAAGACGGGACCCAGAACAUCCUGGAGCUGCCGCAGGCCUAUGCCGGCCGAGGCAACAUGAAGGCACAGCAGAGCGCCGUGCGCCUCACUGAGAUCGGACCCCGCAUGACUCUGCAGCUCAUCAAGGUGGAGGAGGGCCUGGCGCAGGGCAACGUGCUCUACCACGGCUUCAUCCACAAAACGGAGGUGGAGGUGAAGGAGAUCCUGGCGCGGAAGGAGGCGAAGCUGCGGCUGAAGGCGGAGCGGCGGCAGAAGCAGGAGGCGGACGUGGAGCGCAAGCGGCGGCAGCGUGAGGCUCACAGGGAGAAGAGCCUCGUGGGGAUCCGGAGGAAACGGCAGCAGGACGGUGACAGUGACGCUGAGGACCCGGGUGUGCCGGAGCAGCCGGACGCGGCCGAGCAGUCGGAUGAGGACGACGCCGAGUAUUACCGGGAGGAGGUGGGCGAGGAGCCAAAGAUCUGUUCCCCGACCGCACCAACAAGAGGAAACGAAGCUCCUUGGGUGCUGCCCCACUACGGAAACGCCGACGGCACAACCGGCCGGAGCAUCCCGCCCCCCCCAGUCCUCGGGCCCCAGGGAAGCAGCAGAAGGGUGACACGACACCGAGGGACACGCGGCACCGUAGCGGGGCCAGGAAGGGGGUGACUGGGGCCAGGAAGGAGGGGGUGACCGGCCGAAAAGCGCCCCGAGGAACCGAGGGCCGAGCCCGGGAGGGAGCUGCCAGGCCCAAGGGGCGAGGGAAGCUGCUGGCAAAGGGGAAGAUGAUUU